GGGCUGCGCUUGGCACCAACGCUACCUAUAGGCUACACUCGGUAGCUAGCCACCAAAGUGCCCGCCGAUGGCGCCUCCUCCUCUCCUCGCCGCUAGUAUUUAGGACCACCCCCCGAUCGGCAACUCCCUUUGCCUCUUGUGUCCUGCCGCCGCUGUUGCGUGACACGCUCGCCUGCCGUGCCCAGUUUCCCACACGCCCUCACUCGCUAGCUAGCUACUCCCAUUAUUCUCACCUGUCCCCGUUUGAUCCAUCUUCCGAUCGCCUUCUCCAUCUCUGCGAGCAUCCAUCCCAGGCCGGAUCGGAGCCAUGGCGGCCAAGAAGAUCGUGGUGAAGCUGGAGCUCCAUGACAACAAGGACAAGCAGAAGGCCAUGAAGGCCGUCUCCGUGCUCGUCGGCAUCGACGCCAUCUCCAUGGACAUGGCGUCGCGCAAGAUGACGGUGCUCGGCACGGUGGACCCGGUGGACGUGGUGAGCAAGCUGCGCAAGGGCUGGGCGGCCUACAUCGAGUCCGUCGGCCCGGCCAAGGAGCCCGAGAAGAAGGAGGACAAGAAGGAGGAGGCCAAGAAGGACGGGGACGGGGCCAAAAAGGAAGGCGACGGCGGCGACGCUAAGAAGGACGGCGACGGGAAGAAGGACGGCGACAAGAAGGAGGAGGGCGACGGCGGGAAGAAGGACGGCGACAAGAAGGAGGAUGGCGACGGCAAGAAGGACGACGCGGCGGCCAAGAAGGACGGCGACAAGAAGCCCGCCGCCGUGGCCCCGCUGCCGUUCCCGCACCACAUGCCGCUGCCGCACCACAUGCCGCCGCCCUACAUGUACAACGCCGACUACAUGAUGAACCAGCAGUACCGGCCGGCGCCGCCGGCGUACCCGCCGCCGUACGUGCCGCCGCAGCACUACUACGUGCGGAACAUGAGCAUGGAGGAGAACCCAAACUCGUGCGCCAUCUGCUAAAUCGGAGUCGCGCGUGCGUGCGUGCGUCUUGACCCUUGCUCGCCAACGUUCCGCGGGGUGACCGUGCAUGCCUCUGCCUCUGUGUAUAGUAUUUCCUCGAUCGUUUUUACGAGACCAACAAAGUUUGCAAGAUGAAACUGUACAACUAGCUAGUAGUCUACUGCUCUCUACUAUAGCACUUAUGUACGUACAUUUGUAUAUUUUGAAAUUGCGAUGCUA